ACUUACAUCCUUUACAACCUGGCCAUCAAUCCGGAUGCGAUGCAAACCUUGCAGAAAGAAAUUGAUACCAGCCUACCAAGAGAUUCUCCUGUUUCAUAUGAGGAGCUGGUUGGCCUGCAGUACCUGGACCAGGUUAUUAAUGAGUCCAUGCGUUUGAUUCCCACGGCACCUCGGCUUGAGAGGAUGUGCAAAAAAACUGUCCAGGUCCAAGGCCUCACCAUUCCUAAAGGAACCCUGAUUGGGGUUCCUGUGGGCAUGUUACACAAGGACCCACGCUUUUGGAGCUCGCCUGAGCUUUUCAGACCAGAGAGGUAAAUGUACACUAAGCCAAGCCACAGGUUUGGUGU